AGACAGCUUAGAUCGAAUCGGAGCUGCAGACUAUCAGCCCACAGAGCAGGAUAUACUCCGAACCAGGGUCAAAACAACUGGCAUUGUAGAAACCCACUUCACAUUUAAAAACCUCCACUUCAGGCUCUUUGAUGUCGGGGGCCAGCGGUCAGAACGCAAGAAGUGGAUUCACUGCUUUGAGGACGUCACAGCGAUCAUUUUCUGUGUCGCGCUGAGUGGCUAUGACCAGGUGCUCCAUGAAGAUGAAACCACGAACCGCAUGCAUGAAUCUCUCAUGCUCUUCGACUCCAUCUGUAACAACAAAUUCUUCAUUGAUACCUCCAUCAUUCUCUUCCUCAACAAGAAAGACCUAUUUUCUGAGAAGAUCAAGAAAUCACCUCUGACCAUCUGCUUCCCCGAAUACACAGGUCCCAACACCUACGAGGAUGCGGCUGCCUACAUCCAAGCACAAUUUGAAAGCAAAAACCGCUCCCCCAACAAGGAGAUUUACUGCCAUAUGACGUGUGCCACAGACACAAACAACAUCCAGGUGGUAUUUGAUGCCGUCACUGACAUCAUCAUUGCUAACAACCUGCGGGGCUGUGGCUUGUACUGACACCCCCCCCAGUGCAAAGCGACUUCUAGGGUGGCGGUAGCUCUGGUGCCAGGAGAGAAAAGAAACAUGAAAAUAAAGAUUAAUAACAAUAACAAAAAA